CAAUCCCAUCCCAAAGGGGGUGGGUCCAAUGUCUUUAUAUCGAUAGUGGUUCACCGCUUGGUCACGUUCAGAUUGUUGUCUACUUGGUUCUCCUGCGGCCUCCUGUUUUAUUUUUUAAAAGAUAAGAAAGACAGUAGAAAUUUGUUAAAUAUGCGGGAGUGCAUCUCCAUCCACGUGGGCCAGGCCGGAGUGCAGAUCGGCAACGCCUGCUGGGAGCUGUACUGCCUGGAGCACGGCAUCCAGCCGGAUGGAAAGAUGCUCGGCGAUAUACCCAUCGGCAAGGUGGACGACUCCUUCAACACCUUUUUCAGUGAGACCGGGGCUGGGAAGCACGUCCCCCGGGCUGUGUUCGUAGACCUCGAGCCCACUGUCGUAGAUGAGGUCCGCACAGGGACUUAUCGCCAGCUGUUCCACCCAGAGCAGUUGCUCACUGGCAAGGAGGAUGCUGCCAACAACUACGCCCGUGGCCACUACACAAUCGGCAAAGAGAUAGUAGACUGUGUGCUGGACAGAGUCCGAAAGCUGUCGGACCAGUGCACUGGUCUGCAAGGCUUCCUCAUCUUCCAUAGUUUUGGCGGGGGCACCGGCUCUGGGUUUGCCUCCCUGCUCAUGGAAAGACUGUCUGUGGACUACGGCAAGAAAUCCAAACUGGAAUUUGCAGUCUAUCCUGCACCUCAGGUGUCCACGGCAGUAGUGGAGCCCUACAACUCUAUCCUGACCACCCACACCACACUGGAGCACUCGGACUGUGCCUUCAUGGUGGACAACGAGGCCAUCUAUGACAUCUGCCGCCGGAACCUGGACAUCGAGCGCCCCACCUACACCAACCUCAACCGCCUGAUGGGCCAGAUCGUCUCCUCCAUCACCGCCUCGCUGCGCUUCGACGGCGCCCUCAACGUGGACCUGACGGAGUUCCAGACCAACUUGGUGCCCUACCCCCGAAUCCACUUCCCGCUGGUCACCUACGCCCCGGUCAUCUCUGCAGAGAAGGCCUACCACGAGCAGCUCUCCGUGGCGGAGAUCACCAACGCCUGCUUCGAGCCGGCCAACCAGAUGGUGAAGUGCGACCCUCGCAACGGCAAGUACAUGGCCUGCUGCAUGCUGUACCGCGGAGACGUGGUGCCAAAGGACGUGAACCAGGCCAUCGCCACCAUCAAAACCAAGAGAACCAUUCAGUUUGUCGACUGGUGCCCCACUGGCUUCAAGGUUGGGAUCAACUACCAGCCCCCCACAGCGGUGCCAGGGGGGGACCUGGCCAAGGUCCAGAGGGCCGUGUGCAUGCUGAGCAACACCACAGCCAUCGCUGAGGCCUGGGCACGACUUGACCACAAGUUUGACAUGAUGUACGCCAAGCGGGCGUUUGUUCACUGGUAUGUGGGGGAGGGAAUGGAGGAGGGGGAGUUCUCUGAGGCCCGUGAGGACCUUGCUGCACUGGAGAAAGACUACGAGGAGGUGGGGUUGGACUCUACUGAGGGAGAUGAAGAGGAAGGAGACGAGUAUUAAAACACUCACCCACUGAAGAAGGUUGGCUCUGUUCUCCGUGGGCCUGUUUUUCCUAUCCCUAGACUAGCAAUAAAAUGAGUUCAUAGCUUUUGGGAGUUAUACUUGACUGUUAUUUAAAUGUGUUAAUGUAAAAUAAAUACGCUUGAAUAGA